CUCAAAGACUUCUUUAGAGAGCAAGAAUGAAAAUAAGAUGUGCCCACUACCUACAUAGAUUGAGACACAGGUGCUUCCUGUUUUCUCUGUCUCUGCUGGUGGUGUGUCUGCUCAAGCUGGUUUACAUUAAAGUGACAGUGAGGGACAGCAUCUACAUUGAACCCUAUGGAAUCACUGUCAGUUUAUCCAGAAUCCACAACCACAGGUACGAUAUCAACUGCACCGCCGUCUACGAGCUGGACCCUGUGGAGAUAGGCAAGGCUCUGGAGAUCAAACGGAAAGUCAUUGUUGACGUGGAGGAUGAUAGUACUGUUAGUUUGACCUCCGACUGUCAGAGUUUUAUCAAAAAAAGAGGUUAUGGUAAUGUUCCCGUGUCGAAUGCAGAGCAGGGAUUCCCGCUGGCUUACUCCUUGGUGGUACAUAAGAAUGCACCCAUGGUGGAGCGGAUUCUUCAUGCUAUCUAUGCACCUCAUAACAUCUACUGCAUUCACUAUGACCAGAAAUCCUCUCCAGUGUUUAUAAAGGCCAUAAAGAACCUGGCUCAGUGUACUCCUAAUGUGUUCAUUGCCUCAAAACUGGAGUCUGUGGAGUAUGCUCACAUCAGCAGGCUCAACGCUGACCUCAAUUGCAUUUCUGACCUGUUAAGAUCACAGGUCAAUUGGAAGUAUGUCAUCAACCUGUGUGGCCAGGAUUUCCCUCUCAAGUCAAACUAUGAACUGGUGAUGGAGCUGAAGCGGCUGAAUGGCAGCAACAUGUUGGAGUCCAGCCGCCCCAGUGAACUCAAGAAACAGCGUUUCAGCUUCAAGCAUGAGCUGAAAAAUGUGCCUUAUGAGUACCGCCAUAUUCCUGUCAAAACCACAGUGGCCAAAGAUGUUCCUCCUCAUGGCAUCGAGAUGUUCAUUGGGAGCGCAUAUUUCGUCCUGUCGUGGGAUUUUGUGAAUUACAUGAGCAGCAGCCAGGUGAUGAAAGACUUUCUGGCGUGGUCAGCUGACACAUACUCACCAGAUGAACACUUCUGGGCUACGCUUGUAAGGGUCCCUGGGGUGCCAGGACACAUUCCCAGGACAGAACCAGACAUCACAGAUCUCAAGAGUAAGACACGACUUGUGAAAUGGAACUAUUUAGAAGGGAAUCUGUAUCCUCCCUGCACAGGUACACACAUGCGGAGCGUUUGCAUUUACGGAGCUGCUGAACUUCGCUGGCUCCUCAACUAUGGCCACUGGUUUGCCAACAAAUUUGACCCCAAAGUGGACCCGAUCCUGAUUAAAUGUUUAGAGGAGAAGCUCAUGGAUAAACGUCAAUAUGUGCAAACAUGA